AUGGAUGCCACAGUAUUCGAAGAAUGGUUCAAAAACAUACUUGUAAGACUUCCGCAGGGAUCCGUAAUUGUAAUGAAUAACGCAAGUAGUAGACGAGUCGAUAAGCUGCCGACGUCGUGUUGGAAGAAAGCAGAUAUCACUGAGUGGUUACAAAUGAAAACUAUUCCUUUUGAAUCGACCAUGUCAAAAGCGGAGCUCCUCAACUUGGCUAAACGUCAUAAGUCAAAAUUCGUCAGGUAUGUCACCGAUGAGAUGGCGAAGACUAAAGGAAUGUCGGUUCUUCGGUUGCCGCCUUAUCACUGUGAAUUGAAAACAAUAGAGUUGGUUUGGGCUCAAGGUAAAGGAUUCAUCGCAAGGAAUAAUAAGACCUUCAAGCUGUGUGAAGUAAAGAAAUAA